AUGGAGCUCAUCUACACAAUGGCUCCACAACCAUUAGGGAAAGCACCAAUCGCUACCACUAAGAAGCUAACGGAUUGUCCUACAAAUCUAAAAGAAGCAAUAGAUUGGAUUCUCAGAGUGACAGAGAGCGAUGCUGGUGGUAUUCCAAGCUUACGUCCUAGUUCUAAUCCAAGUGGCACACAGAAGUUGGCAGAUGCUCUCGAAGCGCUACUUGGGAGUGCACGGGAUCCCAUAAAAGAUGAAUAUAGUAAGGCGCUUAAGGGAGUGCAGGAGUUACUCAAGAACGCACUGAGUGCCAAUAGGGCAAAUUCAGGUGUUCAAGCAAGUACAAAUCAGGCAGAUUUCUUUACGAAUGGUUAUUCGAAUAAGGAUAUUGUGACAUUGAUCACUAACUUGACUACCAGGUUGCGAAAGCUAAUUGGGUAUAAGAAUGGGAGUCACGGGGAUUUGGACGGAACUGGUAUUGGCAGGCCAAAGGGUAAUACUAGUGAUUGUAGUGAAGGGUUGAAGUAUGAAACAGGUACUCUGAUAAAAGUGUCAGAUCCACGGUGGUCCUACGGGAAUAUCAGCACGGAGAACGAUGCCUUAUGUACCUACUUGCAGUAUGUGGGAUACCCUGUGAGCCAGCUCAAUGUUGGUAAGAAUGUCGCAGAGUUGCUUGGACAGUUCUUCGACGAGUUCAACGAUUAUGCUGCCGUCAAGGGCCGCUACUCAAUUUAUAUAGAUUACGUACUUAAAAAUGCAGUGGAUAAUGCAACAUUGUAUAACGACCUUACCAGCAAGCCCCUGGUUUACCUCCAUAUUGCUACUAAGUGCUACUUCCAACAUAAACAAAGCAAUAAUAACCCCAAAUAUGACAGCAAACCCCGUACCAUCCGUGAAAUGCUUUAUUGGUUGAUGGCCCUUCCGUAUUCUCCAGUAUAG